UAAACUUGUGAGGUCCCUUGUGCCCAACCCACACCAUCACUAUCACUGAGCAGCGAGUCCAACAGUCACUCUCAGUCAGGUGCCAAACCUGUUCAGAUGUGAGACCCUGUGAUCCUUGUAAAACAUGAAAAGCCUUCAUUUCAAGGAUUUCUUCUGGGUGAGUUUCUUUCUGACUCUGAUCUAAUAUUGUGUCUUUAAAGUUCCAUUAUUGUUUGUACAUUCGUGGUAGUUGUCAGUCAUAUAUUGGAAAUCAAAUGAAGGAGCUGAAUAUAAAAUCAAAAGCAUUUGUUUAGUCACCAGUAGAUCUAUAUAAUGGUGGGCAGAUAAUAAGAUAUAUAUUUCAAAGUGGCUACAAUAUAAAUAUUGAAGCUGAGUACAUGUUUCUUACCAAUAACUUUACAACAGCUGUCUACUUUUCUAAAGCCGGGAAGUCAGUGUCUUGCUGAUUCUAACAUCUCCAUGGUUACAUUGAUUGCAUAGUGUAACCCUCCUCAGCUUAACUAAAUUAUGGAGAGGUCAUGUGCAAAACAUCAAUUUACAUCAGUGUUUAAGAUCUUAAUGUGUGAGUGUAUUUGUAUGUCUGUGUAUUUCGAAAUUUCCAUGCAAGUAUUUAGGGUCAAACAAGUUCAAACUGAGCUGGAUUGCUGUGCAGUAAAAGACUGGGUGUUAAAGAAGUGGGUGUAGACUACAUUUGUAAUCACAGAAGUUAAACAGAGUGAGUAUUUUCCAUUUUGUUAACAGAACUCUGAUCUGACCAGCACCGGAGGCUAUGAUGUUAUCAUCCAAUAUCUCAAUGAUGGCAGGAGGACAUGCAAGGAGGUGGAGGAGUUCAUGAAAGCUAGGUAAUACCGUGUUCUAUAUAUGAUAGGAUGUGACAACACCAAUGCAACUUAUUUGUGUGAUAGUUUUAGUCUGUUUCAGAUAACAAAAAUAUCAAGCUAGCUGUUAAUUAUCACUGUGGUUGUUGAUAUCUUGCAACUUAGAGGCAGCAGGUUGGAUUAAUUCAACACCUGUUAAAGCUAAAGAUACAAACACAGUGGGUAAAGUUCAAGUUAUCCGCUCUUGUGGCUCAUGUGCGAUAACAGUUACAGUUUUAGUGUUUGGCACUUCGUGAGAAAAUCAGCUGAGAGUUUACAGAAAAUGAAAGCUAAAAACAGAAAGAAGGUGAACUGUAAACUCUGUGGUCAUUAUGGUGGGAAGUUGUAAGAUUUAUUGCCAAAGAUAAGAAUGGAGUAAUAUGUGCUUCUUAAGUGUAUAGUUUGUAUGUUUAGCAACCAAUGACAGAAAUAACACAGGAAUAAACAAAACUUCAUAGAAAGGAGGUACGAGAAACUAAUUGCUAAGAAACGAAAAUCAGAAAUUGGUCCAGAGCGGUUUCCCUGCUCCAACACACCUGAUUCAAAUGAUCAGCUCGUUAUUAAGCCAUUACAGAGCUUGAUAACGAGCUGAUCAUUUGAACCAGGUGUGUUGGAGCAGGGAAACGUCCAAAACAUGCAGGAGGACUGGACUUGACAACCACUGGUCUAGAGUAAUAAAAGCUGCUGUAUCUAAACAUGUGGAGACAGUAUAAAAUGCCUGAAAGCAUUCUCUAAAGUCUUAAAUACACAAAAUAUCAGUUCAGUAGUUUUAUCAAAUGAAUUUAAAUCUUUUUAUAAUGUUCUGGUUUGAUAUUUUGAAUUUUGAGUGUGUACAGUUCUGUGUUAUGGCACCGUUGAAUUGCAGCACUAAAUUUACCUAGAGGAGCAAUGUAAUAAAUUCCUGUACCUUUUACGAAUCGUUUAUUAUGAAGCAUCAUCUAGAUAGAGUUUAUGAUGGAGUCAUUCAAAGUUUGCCAUUUGAAUUUGGAUUUCCUCCUUCCUCUUAAGAUAAGUAAUCUGUCAUCCUUACGUCUCUCUCUCUCUCUCUCUCUCUCUCUCUCAUACACUCACACUCAGCAUAAUGCAAACACAGCUGUAAAUAUAGCAAAGGAGGGUAUUUUGAAAUAGCAUAACUGAAAGUAUCCUUAUUGUAGAACGAGAAGUAUUCACAAGAGUUUCCUAAAUAUCGCAAGAGCCGCCGUAAAAUGUUCAGUAUGGACACAUGAUAGAAAUGCUGUUAGGUAUAGAGGAAGAAAAGCAAGUGAGAAAGAUUAACUUGUGUAACAUAUACUGUAGAUAAAAGUGCAAAUAUUCUGAAUUUGUUGAAUAUGUUAGUAUGAUUUUAUUACUUUUUUUAUCCGUACACAAAAACGUAAUGACAAGGGCUGUCAAGAAAAUAUAGAAGUAAAAUGCACAAGUUGUUGCUGUCAAGGCUGGUACUUAUGAUAAGCAGCAGCAGCACCUUCUUCAAAAUGUUGCUGUAACAUGUCGUCUCACUAAUUACAUGUUGCUAAUGUUUCUCAGCGAUGAAGUAAUACUCAUAACAGGCACAUGUCACUUCUCCAGCACCAUAAAAAAAACAAUAGUUAGAUUUCAAGCACACCAACGUUGAAUUUAUACCUGUAUAAAAAGAUGUGUGGGUUACUAAGUUAGAUGUUUCUUUAACUUUGACUGCAAACUUCCUGCAGUCUUCUUCAGAAGGGUCCUGUGAUGAACAUAAAUAAAAAGAAACUGUACAACAACAUCACCUAACUCCAAGUUUGUAAAUUUAAUCACACAAAGAAUAAUGAAGACUAAAUGAACCUUUAUGGACCAGUCUGUGUGGAUUGUAUCAGACUUCCUGACUCUGCAAACACAAUCAAAUGAAGGGUAGUCAGGUCAGUGUGACUAGAGAUUAUUUACAGAGGUUAUUUCCUGGUUGGCACACGUGUUGUCUUUUUGCACACGUGUAUGAAAUAUUCAAACAAUGACAUUUCGAAUUUGGCGGAUAGUGUCAAAUUCAGAGUCAGUCAGUCCAGCUCAGAAUCUCUACCCAGUCUGGAUAACACAGCACAUUAAGCACAGCCAUAUCAUCAUUUAAAAGAAGUAUAUCUUUUUUUUUUCAGUUCACUUUUCUCAUGAUGUUUCACUUCGAUUUCAACGCAAAGAUGAUAACUGUUUUGAAAAAGUCAUUAUGACUCCCGAGCCACUCACUUGCAAUCCAUUACGCAAUAUUUCAUAGUCUAAAUAUAUUCUUAUUGUUUUAUUCUGAUUACUUCACCACCAGUUCAUGACUUCAGCUUUAAAGAGUUUGUGAUGACCGAGGUGUGUAUGUGCGUAAACAAGUUCUGUACUCUGUGUUGUAUUUAUAUCCGAAUGAUCGAACCUUUUUCCCCUUGUUGUUUCUCUCAGGGCGUCCAUUGAGGAAAAAUACGCCAAAGAUCUCUUGGGUUUGUCCAAGAAGGUGUGUGGACACAAUGAGAUGAAGUAAGUGGCCCGGUGCCUUUUUUGUGAUAAGAAAGUCCUUGGUUGACAAAUGUGGGAACAGCUUGAAAGCAGACAUGAAGAUCACACGACUCUUAUGUCUGUACUCUCUCUAUAUUGCAACUGUGGGGGAUCAAGUUUUCUGCAUUGUGCAUGAGUGUGGACAGUUUGUUUGUGGAUCAGCAAGUCUAGUUCCCAUUCAGUUUGUGGUCACACUCAGAGGCAUGUUGUUUCUGCUUGUUAGAGAUGUUGUUUGGUGGGAAGAGGAAGGAAGACUAAUGGGGGAGGGUGAGAAAGAGGACUACUUCAUAGCUUCAUUUAAAACCUCAAAUGUUCUCUAUAGAUUGUGUAAGGUCUUAAAAGGACAGUUUUAUGAUUCUUUGUACAUAUUUAGUCUUUUUUAGACCGUUCUUUUGGCCUGUAGUAGGAGGUGAUAGUAUUUUUAACAUAUAUUUGUACACAAUAAGAACUAAUAAUGGGCCUGACUUCUAAAUAACAUUUUGUGGCCCCAUCACCACGGCCAAACCUAUCUCUGCACAUUUUCUAUGACAACUCCUCCAUUACUUGUAUCCACUAAGAAGUUUAAAUGACUUAAACUUUGUCUAGUUUCUCGACUAAUACCCCUAAAUCUAUAAGUGUAUCUCAAAAUAUUAGAACACUGUGGAAAAAAAAUGAAUAUUUUCCAUCAGUUACUUAUGAAAAUGAAAAUGGCACAUAUUUGAUGGUCAUUCAGCUAUCCUACUAUUUUAGUCCAAAACCUAAAAAUAAAACAUGUAUCCAAAUAUCUGAAUAUUUCAGUCUCAGUUACUUAUUUGGGGGUACUUCCCCUGGAAAAGAACUUUUAACAGUAUUCUGAACUCCUCAGAUUCACUGGUAAAUGAUGAGCUUUAACCAAUCUUAAAUGGUAAAAGUUGUGCUCACCUUUCUUUUUCUUUGGGCUUGUUUUAUCCUUUAUUCUUAAAUCACUUUGGUUUUCUCCAGCAUCCGUAACUUGGCUCUUUCCUUUAAGCACAAUUUUAGAGCUUUAAUGCAAUUAUUUAUUAUCAUUUAUUGUUAAAGAAGUAUGUUGAACAUCUAAACAUCACCUGACUGAUGCAGAUUCUUCCCAGGCAGAACCCCUGUCUUAUCUUUUUCCCCUUUUCCCUUUUUUAAGCACACUAAAAAGAUCGCUGGACAUGUUCAAAUUACGUAAGUGAACCAUUUUUAUGUCAAAUUUUUGGUGCUGUGUGCAGCUGAGAAUGCAAACCAUUCUUUUACCCCCCUGUAGAGACUGAACAUGUGAGUCUGUCACACCUUCAACUGGCACAGAGCAUGAAAGAUGAGGCCAAAAAACUGGAGGACUUCAGAGAGAAACAGAAAGAAGUGAGGAAAAAAGUAAGUCUGAUCCUGCGGCAUGAGAAGCUGUGAUGCUAUGAGAAAUGAUAAAUGAUCAAUUGCUCACUUGAUUUGAUUGAUUGAUUUCAGAUUGAGCAGCAGAUGGAUGCUCUCCAUAAACAGAAGUCCUCACAGUUCAAGAAGACGAUGGAUGUGAGUAAAAAUCUGUCAAACUAAAACCACAACAGCCUGUUUCUUACAUUUAAAGGUGUAACAGUGAUAGCGGUUUUUAAAUAAGAGUCAUUCUACCUUUAAUGUUACAGAAAAAGCAGGAGUAAAUCAGUAAAUCGACCUCAGCAGAACUUCUUUCGUGAGUCAUGUCAGAGGGGUUUCAGUUGUGUUAUGAAAACAGAAAAAGCGCUUAUCCCUCUCUCUUCUUCCUCUUUGGUGAGGGAAGUUGUUUAGGCCAGUCUGGAGAGAAAACCCACAUGGGCAACAUUUAUUACCAUCAAUCUCCUGAAAGAAGAAGUACUUGUUAUGUUCACAGAUGAAUAAAUAAAAUCUUAAUGAAGUGGAUGCCAGUCUUUGAUUUAAUGCAGACUGUUGCUGUGUCCUCAGACGAAGAAGACGUACGAGCAGAAGUGUCGAGAUAAAGAGGAAGCAGAUCAGAAUGUGAACCGAAACACCAACAACACCAAGCACAUAGAGAAGGUAAAGUGAAAACAAAGGAGCAAGAGGCAACCGUUUGGCAUGAGAAAGGGCGUGUUUUUGUAGAGCAGUGCUAUUCUUUCUAUAGGGACAUUUUGCAAAAUUAUUAAUUAUUUAAGCCUCUGAAAUUUAGAAAAACAUUCCGGUUUAAGAUGCAUGAUAUUAAAUGUUUGCAGUUAUACUAUAUUUUGAAACUCCUUUUUGACCUACUCUGUUAUUGAUACCGAUAUAUACACACUUUUUAUUUAACUUUAUAGUACACAAAUUUUCCUCACAAAAUAUAAUAUAGGUGUUACUCUUAUCAGGACAGUCUGUUCAUUCGAGAUCCAGACAUAAAACAAGACCUUUGAUUCUUUCAAACACGAUCGUUGUACAUUUCGUAGUGUGUCUAUACUUCCAAACAGACAACACAUGUAAGUUGCCUCGGCAUGCACAUGAUUAAUGCGUCACCUUUUUUUGUCUAAUGAUUAUAUCAGCAGAAACUGUCAAAUCUGCUCAUACUAAUAAUUAACUUUUUAAGCUAUUAUCAGCAUGUCUUCACUGAAAUCAUACAGAUAAUAUCCUGCAUCCCUAGCUCCAGCUCUUUGUGUCUGCUUUUUCAGACAUCGUGUUGGGCUCUAAAAACUGAGGACAUUUUUAUUGACAGAAUUAUUUGCAGAUAUUGUAAGCUGCUAUUAUUUUGCAUUUAUAUUGUCUUGUGAUUUUUUUUUCUAAGCAACAAUAGCAGAUUAAACCGUGACAAAGAAAACCGUUUUUUAGUGCCUGAAACUACUGCUGUGAGGUAGGUGUCAGAUGGAGUGGUUAACCACAUGCUGUGAAAGUCUUUGUGGGCAGUUUUCACAGUAAAACAAAUAUAAGGGAGUGAUACAUUUGACCGGUAAUGACGGGGGGAUUUUUUAUUUCAUUUGAAAACUAAAUUUACACUCAAAGAGCACAAGACCAGCCAAAAGAGAAGAGGCACCUCUUUGUCCACAGUGGGUACCAGAACCGACACAAAUCAGAAGUUCCUCUCAGAAACUUCAGUAAUGUCAAAAAGUUUGAAUGAGCAAGUUUCAAAAAGCUGAACAGUAUCUCAUUUCACUGUUAAGGCAGUUGUUCUGAUGUGUUUCCCUGGUGUGAGACAGAGAGUUAUUGUCCUGUAGAGGAAACAGAGUUCAAAAGGUGCUUCUGUUUAAACAUGAACAUUUAUCAACAGAGUAGUCAUGCGUAUUGACCGCUGUCUGAUCCUCUUUCUUCCAUCUGCUGUGCUGAAACUUCCCAUAAAGACAAAUGCCUGAAUGUCAUAACUUCCAUGGCCUUCUCAGCUGUCAUUCCUGUUUGCGUUACUUGUUAUGUGAUGCAUUGUGCUCAUCUGUCCUUUUUUAUUCAACAUCUUACAGCUCUACUCAAAAGCACAGCAAGCCAAACAGAACGCAGAAGAAGCAGGUAAGCUGUAAAAACAAAACCUGAUGCAGGCGUCAUAAUCAGAAAUUACACACAAAGGUCGUGAGCAAGCGUGUCAAGUAUCAGACUGAGCUAUUUGGGUUUUUGGUGUCACGCUAAAUCAUGCCCAUCAGUCCAUCUCUUGUGGCUAAAAUAUCUCAACACCUCACAGUGUCAAAGUUUUGGUUUACCUCUAACUCUCUAAAAAUCCUCCAAAUGUGUGGUACAAAUUCAGGUCAUGCAAAGCCGUCAUGAGCAAAGAGCCACCAUCAAGGCUGAUGUGCAUGAGGCUCACUUAACCAGCGUGAUACAUGGCAUGAGAGAGUUUAUGAGAUAUUCUAACGUGAUGUGUGUUUGACUUACUAGACAGGUUAUACCACCAGAAUGUGACGACGUUAGGAAAGGUCAGAGAUGAGUGGCUGAAGGGGCACGUUGAAGCCUGUGAGGUAAAACUUAGACUGACUUCAGAGUCCAGAAGUUUCAAACCAACACGUGUUCAAUGAAGGAGAUGAAGUUUUCUGCUGUUUAUGUUCUUCACAGGUGUUUGAAAAGCAGGCAAUGGAGCGCAUCAACUUUCUAAGGAACACAGUGUGGACUCACCUGAACCAGCUCUCCCAGCAGUGUGUGACUGGUGAUGAGGUAGCGUUGAAUAACUAACUUGUUUUUUUAUUUGAUCAGAAAGACGGAAGAGUCAGUUGUAAUGCCAAAAUUUGACCUAGAUAACACUCAGCUUUAUGUGUGUUAUUUCCUGCAGUGAACUGGUAAGGAGUCCUUUAUCACUCAGUGCCACAAGUUUGACAUUAAAAGGGGAUUUUUCUUUAGUAAAAUUUACACAAAUGCAUGACACAGUCAACAAAGAGAUAAGAGGAGCCUGACAGGAUCUUUUACUGACUUUGUUUGUGUAUUUGCCUCUCUAAAACCUGAGAUAUCAACUUUCUCUUUUAUUGCUUUCUGCUUCAGGCUCACAUGAAAGGGGGUGGCUGGUGCAUUAUUUGGUGUUACUUCUGCACAAAAAGAAAUGAUCACCACCAGUCUGAUUCAGUCAAACUGACAUGAUCGGAAAAAGCGAUGAAACUGAAGUUAUGGUUGUAAAUAUGGCCGUUUAGCUGCUGCUGCAACUAAAGAAAGGAAGAAAUACUGUGUUACUUAGAAAAUUCAUCCAUUGAUGAAGUGCAUUUAUUUACAUCUCAGUACAACUCUACUACACAUGGUUUCAGUAAUGAAGGCAGAACUUCGAUUACAUUGGGCACCUCCACUUCAUUAAAAAACAGAAAUAACAUAAGUUUUGAAUUGGCUCCUGUGAUACGAUACAAUGUGUUGCAAACUCUCACAGCUGCUGAUGACAUACAUGUCGGCAUCGGCGGGGAUUGAAAUAAUAGCUCUUUAUACCCACUUUCAAGUCGUUACUCUGAACAUCACCUUUACCUGACCAAUUUUGGAAGUUAGAGUAAGUUACCAUGGUGAGCUAACCAGCUGCGUAGCGAGCCAGCAUCAUGACACAGAAAAAAUCCUGCUUUAAACUCAACAGACUCAGUUUAUCCCCUAAUUUUGCUUCAUGGUACACUCUUCAGGUGUUAGUUAGUUAGUUAGUUAGUUAGUUAGUUAGUUAUAGUUUAUUUCGGUAUAUUCCAUUCAGUGACAUUUCAAUUACAUUUUGUUUCAGUAAUCAUACUGUUAGGCCGAAAGGGUAUAGGCUGAAGCUCAAAGCUUAUAACGCCUACCCCAUUUAAAUGAAAAGACAAAAGAAAAGACAAAAAAAACAAAACAAAAAAAACCCAAAGAACAAACGGAUAGUACGACACAUGGUUUCAUGUUGUGCUGUAGGACAUCUGCUAACCCAAUUAAAGAUACAAACUGAGUACAGAACAUCAACAAGGGAAACAGAGGAGGGAAGGGGAGAUAUUUAAAGAUAUAGGAUACGGUUUAGGUUUUUUGUUUAUUUGUUAGGUACUGUACUGUACUGUUAUAGUGUUUUAUACUUGUCCAUUACUUUGCGUUUAAACAUUUUCUUAGAUUUUGAAACUGUGGGACACAUUUUUAAAUCUUCUUUAAGGCUAUUCCACAACCAUACUCCUCUGGUUGACAAGCAUCUUGCUUUUGUGUCUGUCCUUACAUUUGAUCUACUGAAAACUGCAGUCCCCCUGAGUUCGUACUGCGACUCACGUUCUGUAAACAGCUCCAGCAUGCAAUGGGGUGUUGGUUUGUAGUGAGGCUGCCGUUAAUAUCCACUGUACUCUACCUUCUCAUCUCAAACAGAUUGAUUCUAGUACACCUAUACCUAUAAAAAAAGAGUUUAAGUGUUGAAUUGUCGCCACAAACAAAUGAAAACUCAUAUUUCUGAGUGUCUGCUUGUUGCUCACAUGUAUGCUAUGUCAACUUUGCAAGGUAGGAAAAUGUCAAUAUGGUGUUUACCGCUUGUUCUGCCCAAAAAGUGAUUAAACGCAGGACUAAAGUCAUUCACUAGUAGUAUCAUGCAUAUAAAGACAUGAUUAGGUAUAGUGGACUCUGCCCUUGUGUUGACAGUUGUUGUUUUUUUAACUGUGUGUGUACUUAGCUGUAUGAGGAAGUGAGGAAGUCGCUGGAACAGAGUGAUGUCCAUGAAGAUAUUGAGCACUUUGUUAACCUCAGGCGGACAGGUGACAAACCACCAGGUAGGACUCCACUGACUCUUGUUUACGUGUUAAGUGUUGGAGUACACACGCAGAGGAAGGUAGUGAGCAUAUUCUGUAUUAUUUUUUUAGUAGUGGGAACAAUAAUCAUCCUCCACUCCGACAGGUCCAGUUUUGUAUGAGAAUUUCUACAGCAGUCAGAGAUCACAAACUGGACCAACAGCUCCACCUCCUCGACAGCCUCCACCAGUCAUCAGGUAGAAGAAGAACAGACUCUCUGAGAGCUAGCCUUUAGUUUUAUCUUUACUACAUUUAUGUCUCUAACUUACUUUAUUAUUGUUGUUUCCUUGUUUUAUGGAUUUGCAGGCGAGGGCCGUUACCUGAUCCAUCGAACAACAGUAGGGGUAUGUUUUGUUUUCCACUUUAACACACAGUGAUGUUGGUUACUUGAAGAAAACGCAUCCUUUUUGGUUUGAUUUGAGUUUGUGGCUUUAACAUGACAGUAUACAAUAUCUGCUGCACACUCCUGCCUUUCAUACUUCACCACUACAAUGUUUUCUUUUUACUCUGAUCGCAGAUGAUACUAUCUACUCGACAGUGCAGGACGCCGGCUACAGCGUGAUCCAAUUCUGACACAGACACACAGACAGAUCAGCUGCUGGGGUGAGAUCAGAUCAGCUGUGCAGCAGUGGAGCUUUGUAAUGGACACAAAGGUUACACAAGCCUCAUCACUUCCUCAUUUGUGAUUUCCUGUAAAGAUACCAGAUGGAAAUAAGCAUCAUAAAGGUGUAAAAUGUAUUUUUGGGUGAGGUUUGGGCGCUUAUUUAAACACCAGAGUUUUAUGAGCAGAGCAGCGAAUGUCUUUUUUUUUUAUCCUCAGGUUCUUGUGUAUUUCUAAAAGGAAAACAGUGACGUUAUUACUGAAGCUCAGUGUGUUCUUGUAAAUACUGGUUAGAGCUAAAAGGCACAUAUCAGUUACAUCAAGCUAAUAACUGAUAAACCAUCGAGACAAAGAUGUUUAUAAAUCCUUCACCAAUGUCUGUCUUUGUUAAAUUGUUUCUUCCUCAUCUUUAACUUUGUCUGGACCUUCUUUUAUGUAGCAUCACUCGUCUUCAGUUUUUCACUCAUGUGUCGCCUGCAGACCCGUUACCUCUUCGAUAUCAGAUAACAGGAAUACUGUGGCUGAUCAAGAUGAAAGUUUUGUUAAAAGUCCUUCAUGCGACACUUGGCCCACAUCUUCACUGUUUGAUUAUCUUGUUAAACAUUCACCUGAAAGCUCAGAUCUGUCAAGAGGUGUGAGAGAUCAACAUUUCACUGGUGUCUUUACAAAGAAACUCCUGUUUCUCUAUUUGCACUUUAUGUUCUGAUUUUUUUUAAAUAAAAGUAUGACUUGCCUUCU